AUGCAGCCGCCGCCGUUGUUCGGCCCGUCGGUGGCCGACUCGGUCGGGCUUGGGCUUGAGAAAGCUCUCCUCACCACUGUAAAACCAUUCUACUUCAUCAUCUCCGAUUCUGAGACUGAUGACUCAUCUGAUACUCCCCUUCACACAACUGCUACAGAGAAAGCAAAAACCCAACCCAUCACUCCAUCAAAAUCUUCUUUCUCCUAUGAACCUUCUCAAUCAAUGCCUCCAAAUCAUAAAAGGGGACUGAUCAAUGAAAUCUUCUCCUCUCUUCCUAAACUAUCUCAACCUUCCUUUCAAUCUAAAAAACCAACACCACGUUCUAUGAAAACGAAAACCACAAUGACCAUUGCACAAUUCCUGGCUAGAAACAAACUCAAAAAUCCCCAAAGAACGAAAACGCCCCUAACUCCAGAACGUUCUCCAGUUCGUAUUCCCUCUCCUUCUCCACAACAAGAACGUUUUUCACAUCAAGAACGUUCUCCUACUCGGUCGUCCUCUCCUUCACAUCCUCAACAACAUUCUCCAAUCCCAGAAACCUCCCCAAUUCAUACAUCUUCCCCCUUACCAAAUUCAAAACGUUCUCCCAAUCUAAAACGUUCAUCUCUAUCCACAUCUGAAGCAUCUCCACCCUCCAAAAAAUCAAAACCAAACACACUUCCUCUUAUUUCACCCAAAAAUUUCAAAGACAAAUGGGCUAAACGCCCUAUUGGAAUCGAAAGAGUUUUUGUAUUUGACAAACUCAUAGUCAAUGGCAAUAAUGUCCAGCAUCAUAUUGAUGCUCUAGGUUGGACCUCUUUUCUACAAACAUCUGAGCAUUACUAUCCAGAUGUUGUCAGAGCUUUCUACUGUAAUGCCAAAACCUUCUCCGAUAAAUUGCUCAUCAUAUCCAACAUUAAGGGAAUCGAGAUAAGGUUGACUCUAGAUAUCCUAGCUUCCAUCCUCCGAUUGCCUACGGAAGGACCUUCCAUUUUUGGCAACAAGUGGUACUUGGCUCUGAACCUCAAAGAAACUGAAGUACUCUCUGACUUGUUUCAAGAAGGAUCUACUCGUUACCUCUCCACAUAUCUCAAGCCCCUUCCAAAAGUCUUCAAAAGUAUGAGCCAACAUACUCUCCUUCCUCACUCUGGAAGCCACGAGUAUGUCUCUGCAAAUGAUGCUUUGAUCAUCUAUCACCUCCUAAAUUGUAACCGUCUUAAUCUUCCUCAUGUAAUCAUUCAACACAUGAUAUGCGCUGCCACUAAAGAUUACAAGAAAAAUAUUGUUCCUUAUGGAAUGAUAUUAACUAAAAUCUUUAGGCACUUUGGCAUUCCUCUCUCCACUGAAAAAUCCCUCAUAAAAAUCUCCAAAUCUUCCACAAAAAAUCUCUCCCACAUGCGCAAAACGUUCUUUGAACAGCCUACCCCCACUAUCUCUUCUUUUCCAACUUCACUGAAGAGAAAAUGA